AUGGACGGACCCCAAGAUGAUCUCAAGUGGUUUGGCGAAGGUUUCGAUGGCUUUCCCAAAAAGCUGCCUGACGAUGUCGUGGAGUACAUGGUCUUUAUCAUCGAUUCUAGACUCUCAGACAUUCAGACAAGGGAACGGUUGCAAGCUUUCCAACGCGCUUUGAACGCAUUGGAGAAGAAGUUCCUUAAAGAGUACAUAUGGCAGCGUGACUCUCUCAAGCUCGAUCUAGUUCGCGAAGAACACCGGUGGCUGCUCAAAGGACGCUCUAACUACGGCGAUAGUGUGGCAGACGAAUGGCUGAUUGUCUACUUUUUACGUGAACUAAGCAAAGAGUUCAAGGACGCAUGGAUACGCAUAUAUGACAGCGAUGGAGAGUUCCUCCUGAUCGAAGCGGCGAAUGCGCUACCAAAAUGGCUGAACCCUGAGGUUGCCGAGAACAGAGUCUGGAUCAACAGUCAUCGCCUACUCAUCAUACCACUUGGGAAAGAAGAAGAGCCUGGCCCUUUGACGCAAGCACAAGCUAUUCAGAUCAUCGGAGCUACACCAGCACGACCACAGCAGUACAUCAAGGUUGAAAAGGAGGCUUUUCAUCGCCUGGCUGGUUAUCCGGCUGCCAUCUCGGAGAAUCAACAUCAUGCGACUCUUCCUCUGCCAAGGAAGGUUGCACAUAUUCUGCAUAGCAACCCGUCGUACAUCGCACCAGUAGUCGAAGCCUUCUAUCUUCGAGAUCCCAUCUCCAUCCGGCUCAUUCAACCCGAAAAGUCCAAAACCCCGCUCACGUUCCCACCAGAAGACUUUGUAGACGUUAGCGUUCGUUUCACUAAAGUUCUUUACGCUCAGCUUCUCGGUCAGCAUUGGGAACCGCCCGCACCAUGGGACGCAGCACUGGAGCAGCUCGUCAAGUCUGGUAGACCAACCGAGAAGGCAGAGAUCGGAAUCAAGAUUACAGCAGGCAUGCAGAUGCUUCUGUCGCACUCUUUAUACACAUCUCGCAAACCGACGCGUGAGAUCGCCCUUCUACUAGAAGACUUGGAAAGUGGCGACGACACACUUCCUACCGACGCCGAAAUCGCCAGUUGGCCCAAGCGUGAGGACGAUGAAGGGUGGCUCAACAUUGACUUCUCCGAGUUUGAGAAGGAGCUCGAAGGCAAAGGAAGCGGCGCGAAAGACGCGUUUGGUGACAAGAAUGCCGAGGAGAAUUUGAAGAAGAUGGUUGCACGCUUCAACGACUUCCUGGCCGACAACGAAGCAGGCGCUGAGGGUGCUGAUGGCGUUCUGGACCCCAUGGAUGUUGAUAAUGACUCUGACGCUGGCGGCAGAGAAUGGGAAGACCCAGAAGAUAGUGAUUCGCCAGCCGAGAACGAAACCAAGAGCAAGGGCACGAGCAAGGCCAAGGCCAGAAAUAGCGAAGAUGAGGAUGACACGGAUGAAGAUGACGACGCAGAAGCCGACGCAGAGUACGCCGAAUACGAACAAGCUUUCGAAAAGUACAUGAUACUGCCUGCGGCGGAGAAAGCCAUCCUCACAGAGGAAGCUCGCGCACUAGCGCUCGAACAAGACGCUGAGAAGGAAGAAGACGAAGAGAUCCAGAAGCUCUCUGAGAUGAUGGAAGCUGAGCUCUUCAGUCAUGGCGCGCUUAACGUCAACCCCAAAUCGGAGCAUAAGCCUGGAACAGGUCUCCUGUCCGAUAGCAAAGGAAAGGGCAAGGGGAAGCUUCAAGAGGUCGCUGAAGAAGACGAGGACGAUGACGAUGACCUUCUAGACGAAGAUUACAACCUCGCUGAUAACAUGCUAAAGGCGUUCAAGGGACAGGCUGGUAUGGCGGGCCCGGCGGGCAACAUGAUGAGGGCGAUGGGCGUGCAAUUUCCACAGGACGCUGAUGAUGAGAUCAAAGGAAGCAGUAGUAAGGGUAAAGGCGCGUAA